AUGGAUGUGAAGCGCAGAACCAUACGCACUCUAGUCUCCAAGCUGAGCUCGGUGUCGGAGCGAACCCGGGAGGAGGCCCUAGCGGAGUUGCGACUCAUCACAAAGCACGACGAAGAGAGCCGGCCGAUCGUCGCCGAAGCAGGGGCCAUACCUUACCUGGCCGAGACUCUCUACUCCUCCUCCCACGAAUCUCAAGACAACGCCGCCGCGACCCUGCUCAACAUCUCCAUCUCCUCACGCGACUCCCUCAUGUCCACGCGCGGCUUGCUGGACGCGCUCUCCCACGCACUCGGCCACCACGCCACCGCCACCUCUCCCACCGCCGUCCAGUCCGCCGCCGCCACGCUCCACAGCCUGCUCGUCGUCGACUCCUACCGCCCCAUCAUCGGAUCCAAAAGGGACAUCGUCUACUCCUUGAUUGAGAUUGUGAGGAGCCCGAAAUCGCCGCCGCGGUCGAUCAAGGACGCGCUCAAGGCCCUGUUCGGCAUCGCUCUGUACCAGCUGAACCGAUCCGUCAUGAUUGAUCUCGGAGUCGUCCCGCCGCUGUUCUCGCUGGUGCUCAAGGACGGGAGGGUCGGGAUCGUUGAGGAUGCGACGGCGGUGAUCGCUCAGAUCGCCGGGUGCGAGGAGAGCGAGGCGGAAUUCGGCCGGGUCUCCGGAAUCAGGGUGUUGGUGGAUCUGUUGGACGUUGGGACGGGUUCCAGUGGUAGGGUUAAGGAGAACGCUGUUGGAGCGCUGCUGAACCUGGUCAGAAGCGGCGGCGAGAAGGUCCUGCGAGAGGUGAAGGAAUUGGGGGUCACGGCGUUGGAAGGAAUCAGGGAUGUAGCCGAGGGAGGGAGCUCGAAAGGGAAGAGCAAAGCGAUGGCUUUGCUGGAAGUGAUUGAAGGCGGAUCCAUGAACGGGAACCCACAGUUCUACUCCCUUUUCGACCAUCACUCGUCUUGA